AUGUUUAGGUGGGAAAGUUCAUCAAUCAAAGCAGAUGGCUGACAGUUACAUCUGUUCAUCACUACUACAGGUUCAGUUGCAUGAGUGGAGCAACUUCCUGAGCAGAGGUUUCCUCAUCGACCCCACACCCUUAAAUGACGACUGAGAGGAACAUUAUUUGUCUAUGAAGAUGGAUGUUGGGACUCUCAAAGUGCACCUCUGUGCCUGGACAGUGAUGAGCCUCCUGAUUGGUGUGUUUUCUCAUGGAGUGACAGUGAAAAACUUUCAGCUGCAGAAGUGCAAAGAAAACGAGCGAGUGUGUGUGACCGCCCCUGCAGACUGUGACCCUCGACCUCUGUCAUCUGUGCAGAAGACUCUGAACAUGUCGUGUUACUACCAAAAGACAGACGCACAAAGAUCCAUGACGUGUGACUGGAGUCUGGAUUCCAACAGCGACGGCGAGUCCACGGCCUCGCUGAUCUUCAGCAGUGAGCGUGAAAUUAUAUCCUGUGAGGGCAUCUUCAACCCAGUAGCCAUCCUCAAUGUGACAGCCAAGAUUAAAAACCACACCACAGAGAUCUGGUCUCAGCCUCACACUGUGUUUCUUUAUGAAGCAGUCAAACCCCUCCAGCCUGUAUUAACUGUACUCAGCGCUACUGAGGACUCAAUGGUUGUGUGUUGGAGAAGCAUCGGUGAUGGCAGCUGUCGGCUUCGCUACAGAACCAAAGACAAGAGCAAAUGGACCCAGGUUCCUGAUUCUAUCAGUGCAUUUGCAGAUCAGAUAAUGACGUACACGAUGAAAAACCUCUUGCCGUUUACCAUCUACAGAGCUGCUGUGGCCUGCAGGGGAGACACCGGCAUCUGGAGUGACUGGAGCUCUGAAAUCAGAGGAACAACACUGGACAGAGUACCCUCCAGGCCACCAGAGGUGUGCUACAGACUGGAGAGAUCAGGUGGAUUGCUUCAACUUCAUCUCAUUAUGUGGAAGGCUCCUGAGGCUCUUGAAGCUGGAGGUCGAAUCCUUGGAUACCAGAUAAGCUACGAAGUAGGCGGACUGAUUCAAAAUGUCACAGACAUGACGGCGCUCCUUGUGGUGGAGGAGGGGAAUUGCAGCAUUGCAGUUAAGGCCUUCAACACAGCUGGCUACGGCCCUGUUGCACAUCUCAGCUUUGACACGCAAAUACAGAAGACGCUGGUUAUUACAUCUCUCCCCUCCAUCAGAGAUCUGUGGGUUUCCAGCUCUUAUCCAGGUAAAAAGGAGCUUCUGGUCCAGUGGAAGACCCCCAUCGCCCCGGGUUACACCCUGCCCGUCAGCCAUUUUGCUAUUCGGUGGCACUCUGAGACGAGUCCAUCCACCAGCCACUGGUCUCGAGUUGAUGGCUUCACCACCUCCACCCCCAUACAAGAUGUUGACCCUGAUAACGUGUACUUGAUCAGUGUGUUCCCUGUUUACAACCAGCAGUGUGGAUCUCCUCUGUCUCUGUUGGCCAGUCUACAGCAGGGAGCUUUGAUGGAGGCGGUCAAUCUGAGGGUCGUCAGUGUGACUAAGACAUCAGUGACCAUCGUGUGGGUGUGGCAAAGGAAGUCUGAACCAAUCAGAGUGAGCAGAUAUGCAGCGAUUCUGAGGAAAGAUUCUGACAAACAGACUCUACCUCUGUGGCCAAACAACAGGCAGCACACCUUCACCAACCUGGUGCCCAACACUGAGUAUUCUCUUGUUCUGUUGGCCGAUAAUGUUUCCAGAAGCAUCGUUCAUGUGACGACACAUUUCAAUGAGGUUCCAGUAGUGGCUACAGCGACUCCUCUGCUGCUGCUGGCUGUCGCUGUGCUGAUCCUCUCCAUCCUGUCCAGGACUGUAUACAAGUCCUACUUCUUCCCACCAAUCUCCAGCCCUCGACAGAGCAAAACAGGCCAGUGGCUGAUGGAGCUGAACCAGCAGAAAUUUGCAGAGAAGAACAUCCUGAAUAUCAAAGAUUUCCAAGUGACCGAUGUCCUCAGAGACAAAAGUCUCAUCGUGGUUGACUCGAACUCUCAGAUCUCACCAGAUGACAAGCAACAUGAGGAUGCCUCUCUGCUGUUGAUCAGUGGCCUCAAACUGGACUCUGAGUAUGUUUCUUAUAGUGGACACCCCACAGAGAACCAGUUAGUGCCCAUCCAGGCCUCCCCUAUCAGGGUUUUUAUGUCAGAGGAGAGCCGAGAGGGUGACUUCGCUCUGCUGCAUGAAGCGAAGAGCUCGCUACAUCAGAGGGAUGAGGCCAGAAAUCAGGCUGGCAAGUCUGAGAUUUCACAUCAGACCGAGGCUACUGUGAAAAGUCACUUUCCUGGUUUCCUGACUGAAAGCCGACCUGUUUAUCAGAUGACCUGUGAGAUGGAGUAUGUGGUGAAACAGGGGAGACAGAGCGAAUGCUCUUAUCUGAUCUGUGAGCCAGGUUAUAUUACAAACAACCACUCUGAGGAGAAAACGGCAGAUUGAGACCGAAUCAGCAACUUCAGCAUUGAUGAGCUCACAUACGACACCUUGUGGCUGGAAAGUUUAUUACAGCAUGUUUAUUACACCUUGUGGGGCCAACAGGGAGCAAUAAUGAAAUAAAAUGCGCCUCACUGGGUCUGCGUUGGUGGGUCCACAGCAGCAUGAUGUAUGUUAUCGGUGCUCCCAGUUUGUCCUGGUCAGGGUGGUAAGUGUAGUACAUAACCUGUAUAUUACAUAUAUUUGAUAAUGUGAAGGUAUGCAGAUCUUUUGAAGGUGGUGCCACCAGCCCCUCUGAAAUAUGAUUAACUUACAUUUACUCAAGUACUUAACUGAAGUAUGGUUUUAAUGUACUUUUGUCUCUUUUGCUUCUCUCUACGUCUGCUCCACUAUAUUGUGCUUGUAAAUAUUUUACUUUGUCCUUUAUAACAUUUAUUUUAGCUUUGGUUACUUAUUAUUCUGCAGAUUUGAAAAUAUAAAUCUAAUACUGCAGUAUACUGCAAUAAUAUACAUAUGGCGAUAGGGCUGAAAAUAAAUAUCAAUUAAUAUAUCUUAAACAAUUUAAUUGAAUCCACUAGUAUAACAGCGCCCCUGGUGGUGAAAGCUAGACUAGACUAGGCAAGAAUAGAAUAGAUUCAAUUACAUUCCAUUCUGGGGGGGGGGUGGCCUAGAGCAGCCAUCACCAAUAGUUGUGAUUAACCAGUUCAGUCCUUGUGCGUUUCUGGCUACUUUUUGCUGCAGUGUUUGAAUUUAUCAGUGAGAGAAUAACAAUC